CACCCCAUCACAGACCAGCAACGAUGUCGGAAUUUCAGCCUGUCAUCGUCAUUGACGGCAAGGGACACUUGCUCGGUCGCCUGGCCAGCACUGUCGCCAAGCAGCUCUUGAACGGCCAGAAGAUCGUUGUCGUCCGCUGCGAGGCCCUCAACAUCUCUGGAGAGUUCUUCCGCGCUAAGCUGAAGUACCAGGCUUUCCUGCGCAAGCAGACGCGUUACAACGCUUCCCGUGGUGGUCCCUGGCACUACCGCGCUCCCUCCAAGAUGUUCUGGCGCACCGUCCGUGGUAUGAUCCCUCACAAGACUGCCCGUGGUGCCGCCGCUCUUGAGCGCCUGAAGACCUUCGAUGGUGUUCCUCCCCCAUACGACCACAAGAAGCGCAUGGUCGUCCCCCAGGCCCUCCGUGUCCUCCGCCUCAAGCCCGGCCGCAAGUACUGCACCGUCGGCAGACUCGGCCACGAGUUCGGCUGGAAGUACCAGGAUGUUGUUGCCAGACUCGAGGAGAGAAGAAAGGUCAAGGGUGCUGCCUACUACGAGCGCAAGAAGGCCGCUCGCCGUUCGCUCGCCGAGGCCCAGAAGACCGCCAAGGUCGACGACAAGGUCAAGACCGAGCUCGCUUCUUACGGUUACUAAAUGUGGCUGGAGAGUCGAAGUUCUUUGUCGCGUCCAACCUGCUCCCUUUGAGCACUCAUAACGUCGGUGUAGUGCUUAGGGGAGCGUCAAGCCCACACCCAUAAUGGCUUGCUUUGUUUCUAUGUUCAGCGAUUUGGGGCUAGGGAAAACAAAAACGAAACGCUUUUCAGAAAUGGCACAAGCCGAAAAAGUCAUGGCACUCUCAACAAUAC